UGUGUGUGUGUGUGUGUGUGUGUGCGUGUGCGUGUGUGUUUUGAGAGAAAACACGCCAUAACUCACCAUCACAGACCUCGUUUAUUUCUCCCCGGAAUCCUUGUGGCACGAGAUGGACGAGCGGCCGACGCGCACACUGACACGCCGCAAAGUGUGCAAGGAGACUCCGUAUCGACUGCGCGUGGUUUUCCUAGAUGACAGUGAACGCACCUUCGAGGUAGAGCAAAACGUUUUGGGCGGCGACUUCUUCAACAAAGUGUGCGGUCACCUGAAGCUGCUGGAGAAAGAAUACUUCGGCCUGGAGUACCGACAUCACAGCGGCAACUACGUGUGGCUCGAGCUGCUCAAGCCACUCGCAAAGCAGAUUAAAUACCCCAGCGAUCUGUUCUUCAGGUUCAUGGUUAAAUUCUUCCCCCCGGACCCCGGACAACUAAAGAGGAGCCUCACUCGAUACCUUUUCGCCUUGCAGGUCAAGCAGGACCUGUCCAACGGCAGUUUGACCUGUAACGACAACAGCGCCGCCCUGCUGGUCUCUCACAUUCUGCAGUCAGAACUUGGCGACUACGAUGAGGAGCUGGACUAUCAGCACCUGGAGAUGAAGCACUACGUCCCCAACCAGGAGUACCUGGACCACAAGAUACUCCGCUUCCACAAGAAACACAGAGGUUUGUCUGCGGCCGAGUCGGAUGUCCACCUGUUGGAGCUGGCCAGGAAGCUGGACAUGUACGGCAUCCGGCCGCAGUCGGCCAGCGACGGCGAGGGCACGCGCAUCAAUCUGGCCGUCACGCACUCGGGCGUGCUGGUCUUUCAGGGAAACACCAAGAUCAACGCCUUCAGCUGGGCCAAGAUUCGCAAACUGAGCUUCAAGCGCAAACAUUUCCUCAUCAAGCUGCAUGCCACCGUUGGGCCAUCCCGCAAAGACACGUUGGAGUUCUGCAUGGCCACUCGGGACGUGUGCAAGGCCUUCUGGAAAACCUGCGUGGAGUACCACGCCUUCUUCCGGCUGGCCGAGGAGCCCAAGGCGGCGCACAAGACCACGCUGCUGUCCACAAAAGGCUCCGGCUUUCGCUACAGUGGGCGCACGCAGAGGCAGCUGCUGGAAUGUUUGGGAUCGAGCGAGAAGAAGGCUUCGCACGUUAACAGCACUACCCGCCAGGCAGACUACGACUCGCGGCAGUGCCAAUCUUCUCCCGAUCUCCUCAGUGACGUCGCCAAACAAUACGAGGACGCCUUCUCCCACUCCACUUGUGCAUCGGAGCACAACCAGCCGUACGCUAGCCCGAGGUGUCGUAGCCUGGCCCGGGUCACGCCCCUCCUGCCGCAGGUGCGACCGGCGUCCGCGGCGAGGGACCGAGCGCCCAGGCCGGCCGGUACCUACGGCAACCGUUUGCGCCGCCGGCCCGUCCCACACCCGGAUGCGACGCAGCAGCUGGUUCUCCUCUACCCCAACAGUCCCGCCUACCAGUACCACCCGGUGCUUCCGACAUUCCCGCGCCCGUAUUUCUCCGACUGUGCGGCCUCACUGGAGUGCUUGCCGCCGCCGAGACGGCGGUGGGACGGGCGACCGCGGCCGUCUUUGUACCCGCUGGGUUGGGGCGGGAAAGCCGGGGCCUACCAUGAGGAAAGCAAUGGGGCGGGGUUAAUUGGUCGGACAGAGGCGGGGCAUUACAGUGACGACUGCAACUUUCUCCCGGGGCUCCCUCGCCAACCGGAAGUCAAGUUUCACCUCCCCGCGUCCGAAUUCCGCCCCCUUGGCUACUAUCCCCACUUGAUGCGCCCAACCAGGCCGACCUACCUCCCGCUCAACGCCUCCCCAGUGCCCGAACGGGCUGUUGGGAGCCACAGCGAGUCCGAGCCCGAAGUUUUCUAUCCGUAUUACUGCCCGCCGCCUCCACUUGGAAGUCGGCUGAGGCCCGGCGGAGCGGCCCGCAUGAGGUUCUCCUCCGGGAGCCUCCAGCUGGAUGAGGAGGAUGAGGAGGUGGUGGUGAACAAAAAGGAGACCAAAGGCGCGACCAAGGUCACCCUGUAGAAUAAGACACAUUAAGAGCAAAAAAAAAAAAAAACAACUUUUCUUUCUUCCUUAGAGGGGAAACGUUUGUAAAUAAAUAAGUGUAUGAAUCAACAUGGACGUAACAGUAUUUUUAAUCAAGUUUAAAUAUUUAUUCAUAAAACUCUACGUCCCGCUAAAAAGAAAAGCAUUCCUCCAAAAACUUGUAGAUGGUUCCCGCUAAGUAAGAUCCCUUAUGAUAUACAUAUCAAAAGAAUAUAUACAAU